AUGAGCACCAACAUAGAUUCAAACGAAGCGUUUGAUGGGGCAUUUCGGAGAUUUUUGGAAUCGCUCUCGGAGGCGGAGCGAGCCAGAUACGCGCCAGUGGCAUCCCCCGAAGAUCUGCUCGACGGCAUCAAGAAGCUCGACUUGUUGUCGCAGAGACACCAAAAGACUAAGCUGUGGAGGGUUCUGAAAUGCGUAGAGACAUUCAGCGCACGGCUCACUCCCUACUUUGCCAUUGUUAACACUGUCGUCUCGUCCAAUCCGCAAUAUGCCGCUAUUGUCUGGGGGCUUUUGAAAUUUGUUCUCCAGCUUGCAGAAAGUUUCACCACCUUUUUUGAUAGGCUCGUCAAAGUCAUCGCCAAAAUAUCCGAUGCAUUUCCCAUGUAUGAGGAUAUUGUUCGCCUAUACACGGGGCAGAAAUCGACCCGGCUGAGGGCGCAUGUGGAGCAAGUAUACAGCGACAUACUUCAGUUUUUCCAACAUGUCGCCGGCAUCUUUACUCGAGUUGAUGGCCAGACAGCAGCAGCGCAGGAGCGACGGCUAGCCGCUGAAGAAAGAGAUUGCGCUGAGAAGGCCAGGGCUCAUGUGGAGGACAUCUCUAACCAGACCGAGGGAAUCAAACGUUUGAUCAACGACCAGACAAAAGGCCAGAAUUUCGACAAGAUUCACAGGUGGAUCAAGCCUCCAAACUAUGCAGACGUGCUUGAAAGAUCGCAGUCUAUACGCGAGGAAGGCACUUGCACCUGGCUAUUCACGAACCGGGUGUUUUGCAGAUGGAGAGCAACAGAGACACAUGGAGGAACAUUCAGGAGUAUAAAUGAUCUUGGUCCAAGGGCUCUUUGGAUAAACGGCAUUCCUGGAGCUGGCAAAACUAUAUUGGCAUCGUAUAUUGUACAGGAGCUCCAUCAGCUCGAAUCCGCCGACACACUUUACUGCUACUACUUCUUUUCAUCUGGCUCAUCUAAUUUUAUGUCUACUGGGGCUGCAGCCGCAUAUCGAUCGAUUCUGUCACAAAUUCUACACCAUAAACGAAACGACGAGAGCAUUCUCGACAAGUUUCUCUUCGCUCAGGAUCAGGGCUCGGGUCAGCUUGAGGCGUCUUCUUCCGAACUUAUUGACCUGAUACACAUCUGUUCUAAAGAGCUCAAGGAACUGACAAUCAUCCUCGACGGUAUUGAUGAGUGCCAUCAAAUCAAUGAAUUGUUUGGUGCAAUUCGUAAACUCAUGGAGCUAUGCCCAAUGAAAAUAUUGUUUCUCAGUCGGCCCGGGAUUUCGGAGCUGCAGGAUGAGGUACAGGCUUCUCAACGCAUAGUCAUGGAUAGAUUCGCUACUUCUGAAGAUAUUCGAAGCUAUCUCCGCACCAGUCUGGAAUCGCUGGCGUCCCGAGGCCGUCUUGAUGUGACCAACACAUCAGACCUUGAGGACCGGCUCGUUCAAGGUGCCAAUGGCAUGUUCUUGUGGGCUUCACUGAUGAUCAGCCUCUUGUGGUCCCCUAUGCUCACAUCGAAGAGUCGCCUGACUAUCAUAAAGCAAGUCAUCCGGCCGGAAGGCAUCGAGCAGCUAUAUGAUCGGAUCCUAAAAGUCAUUGCGCAAUCAAAGCGGUUGGAGAAAUCGGUUGCCAGAGUGGUGUUCUGUUGGCUCACAUACGCAAGGGGUUCUGUUUCUCUGCGCCUUCUGUACGAUGCUAUCAGGAGCGUCAACACGCAAGAUGAUGGUGGGUCGCAUGAAUAUCUGCCGUUUGUUGGUGAAACGCCAUCUCUGGGUCAAUUCCGCGAGAACCUGCAGGCCGUGUGCGGCUCUCUGCUCGACUUUGACCACGUUGAAGAUAGGGUUGGAGACUCGAGUGAAGGAGUUUUUGCAACCGUCCGUUUCGUUCAUCUCUCUGUGAAAGAGUACUUUCAAUCACUCGACGAUUCUCCCUCGUCAGAAGGCCAUCUAGAGUGCGUUCCUAGGUGGACUCAAGGCAAUAUACGACUGGCACAAGUAUGCCUCGAGGAUAUUCGAUCGAUGACCAGAAAGUAUAGCCCUUCCUUUCAGGAUCUCAGUAACUAUGCAACUUUGCAUUGGGCAGACCAUCUGGAGGACAUAUCCGCACGCAACAUGGACGGUACCCUAGAGAAUCAGGCUUACUUUCACAAAGACUUUGCCGACUUGCAGGCAGCGCUGUUGGGCUUUCUGAGAGACCCAUACAGCAUCACUUCCUGGAUACAUACUCUGUAUUUAAUGCAUGGCUACGGAGAUUUGGUCCCUCCUUUCCGCAGUCUUGACCGUUGGGUGUGUUGGCUGCGGUGCACUCGAGCAACCAUGACGAGACCUACGCAAUCGCUUGACGCUUUGAUAGCUCUGACCAGCACAUUUUCUGCCGACUUGCGGCGUCUGGAUGAGACUUGGGGUUCAAGGCUUCAAACUGACCCAACGAUACUAUGGGACGAAGUAGCCGCGUUCAUGCAAAGCGAUUUCAUUCGCUCUGCUUCAAACACAAAAGUCAAACUUCUCAAGGUCGACGCAAUGGAUAACAAUCUUCAAAGCUCGCGAGCGCUUUGUGAUGUGUCAACAUCCAGCGCAGACGGCUCUCUAUGUUUUGUAUUAAGCAUAUGGCCGUCAAAAGACUAUGAAACCCGCUGGUUGACGGUCGGGGGUCAAAAGUCAUUAGAGCACUGGAAAGACGUUUGCAGCGGCUGGAUUGCUAGGUACAAGAUUUGGAAUAUUGCUACCGGAGAAACCAUUGGGGAAAUCAGGAUUCCAAUUGACGAGGGUGAGGUGUGGCUACAAAUGAGGCAAUCGUUAUAUGAACAAAGCUACGCAGAGUGGAAGACUGCCUUCCCAACCGCAAUUAGUCCAGACGGAAAGUUGGUCGUCAUACUGCGAACUCUCUUCGCCUUUGACAAGCCACAUGGGAGCUCUCGGCUUCAAUGGCAGGAGACGCUGAUUCCUGUGGACUUUGGAAGAGCGCGUUCCACCAAAUGGACGGAUGAGCUCAGACCGUUCGACCCCAAUCACCCGCUCAUCUGUGGCAGACCGCUGCAGUUUCUAUACCGAGAUCGGUAUACCUAUAAAUUCGCAUUCAGCCCCGACAGUCGUUACUUGGCUUUCACUGAUAAACUACGCGAUGCUCCGACGUAUGAGGAAAACCUCGCCAUCUUUGGAGUUCUUGGCCAGGGAAAGUUGAGAGUUGAUCGAAUUGCUUCAAGAACUUUCAGUUCUUGGCUCCGCCGGAGUGAAUUGACUAUAUGCUUUCACCCUUGUCAAGAUCUAGUGGUCCUAUGCGCUGGAGGCCAAGUUGAGCUAUGGAACUUCAACACAGUAGCUAACAAGUUUACAAACACUGUAGGGGCAAGAUCGACUGUGAUUGGCAAAUUUUCCACCACACCUCCGCCGAUAGUCGACAGCUUGAAAAUUUCGGCUUGUGGUGCAUAUGUUGUUGCCAGUCAUUCGGGCGAACCGACCGUCUUUGAGAUUCCGAAGUUGUCUCCUGAAGUAGGGACGGAAGAGGAUCUUGAUAUCGAGCCACGAUUCCUCCACAAGGCCAGCCUUGACAACAACGCAUCCACAGCUCUCUCUAUCCUUGGAAAUACAGACAUCUCUCAUUUUGGUCUUAAGCAUGGCCAAAUAAUCCACAAUGAAUGCAUCGUAAACUCCAAGGAUGGAGCCGUCUCCAGCCUCGUACACGUUCUCUCUGGAGAUGCGCCCGCAUUGCAGCUGGUUCCCGCGACUGAUGGUCUGGAAACCCAGACGAUACAGCUUAUGUCACUGCCCAAAUCAAUCCAGCUGAAGCAUACAGCUCCGGUGAUACUUACACCCAACGGUCAGCAAACAUGCAUCAAGGUUGUUCUCAACUCUACAAUACAAUCCGAGUACUCUUUGACGGAGCGAGAUGCUGGUGUCGCUCCCGCCGUCAUCGAGCGUGACAUUAGGUCAUUGAAGUUUUCUACAGUUAAUACUAAGCGGAAAUGGGGCAUCACGGAAACAAAUGAUCCGGACGAGCAUCUUUCAGGCGGCUUGCCAUCCGACCAUGGUGGCCCAAGUUUACCGCCAUCGAAUACAGCUCCCGAAGCUCACCGUGUUGUAAGUGGAGUGGAGAACGAUGAAGACCUUCCAUCUUUGAAGCGUCAAAAGCUCUGA